AUGGGCUGUGUUCUCUCUUGUAUCACAAAUCUAUUUUCUGCUUUUACUCAUACUUCAAUCAACACGGCAGUCGAUGAAAUCGACAAAUAUUUGGAGGAAAGUUAUAAACAAAGAGGAGUGACAAUGGAUGAUGGGAAAAUCUCCCUGAUUAGAGGGAUUUACAAUAGCAUUUACUAUGCAGGACAAGUACUUGGAGCUGUUCUUGGACCACAUUUGCCCGACAAAUAUGGACGAAAGAAAGCCUACAUAGCAACAACGAUAAUGAUGACUCUUUCUUGCGUGAUUCAAGCUGGAGCCACGCUCACAAUUUAUCCGGAAAUUCUCAUUUUUGGGCGUUUCGUUGGCGCUCUUUUUGCCCCAAUGAAUGAUGCUGUAAUGUUAUUGUAUUGUCAAGAAACAAGUACACCAAAAAUGAGAGGUGUUCUCAAUUCUCUUUUCACUACUGGAUAUUCGGUGAUGGCUUUGCUCGGAAUGAUUCUUGGUAUGAAAGGAGUUCUUGGAAGAGAUCUCACUGUUUUGUUGGCUGUUCCCGUUCCACUUGGUCUAAUCGGUUGUUUGUAUCUUUUCUAUUUGCAAGAAACUCCGAAAUUCUUGAUGAUUACCAAACAAGAUAAAACAGCAGCAAUGAAAUCAUUGGAAUUUUAUCAAGGAGUAAAAGAAGAGAAUGAUCAGAUUCUCAAUGGUUAUUUGUCGGAAAGAAAAGAAGAAGAAGAGAAAUCAUCAUAUUUUGAUCUCUUUACCCAACCUCAUCUCCGAAAAGCCUUAAUCCUCGGGAAUGCUUCACUAAUUUUGGCUCUUCCCUUCUUCUCAUUUCUACUCUCAUCAACAUACUUUAUGGGGAAGAUUGGGAUUUCAGACCAUACUUCUCAAUUAGCAUCAACAUUGAUUGCUGUUCUUCUUAUUCUUGCAUUCUUGAAGUAUUUGGCUAUGGGAGGGAUUUUCGGGUACAUGCUGUGCUUUGGUUUAUCUCUCGGUCCAAUUUCUUUCUCGAUCGACUCCGAAUUGGUUCCACUCCAAUAUCGAUCGAGCACAAUUUGUUUGGUUUUCUCAAUCAACAGUAUUUUCGUCGUGAUCACGAAUGUAGCCGUUGAACCAUUGAUGGAGACAAUCGGCUCAAUCAGCAUCCUUUUCCUUUUCGUAAUUCCUUGUCUUCUCGCCGUGAUCUAUCUCUACUUUUCUUUACCGGAAACAAAAGAUUAUGAAACUCAUCAAAUCGUUCAAAUGAUCAAAGAUGGAGUAAAACAUCCCAUCGUUACAAAUCAACAUAAUACCAAUGGACUAAAAGUA